AUGGCUACAGCGCUAGAGCGACGGCCGCGCACUGGGCUGCCGCUGUUCAAGAGCGUGCUGAGGAGGAAAGGAGAUCUGGAGGAGCAAGAAGAAGUGGAGAGGAAGAAGAAGAUCGAGGAGCUGGAGGGGAGAAGAAACAGAGGGGAGGAGGAGAGGAAGGGAGGGAAGGAGGAAGACGAGAAGAAGAGGAAGAGGGGGGAGGAGGAGGACAGGAGGAGGAGGAGCAUCAAAGACGGAGAGGGAGAAACAGCGAAACGCUCAUCAAGGAGGGAUGGGGAGGCUGCAGCGAAACCACCCGUCAAGAAGCUCAAGCCUGAGGAGCAGGUGGAAAGGGACCUUGCCCUACAGCAGCCUUUCAAUGUUCCUUCAUGGCGAUUCACGCCGGUCAUCCCUGAUCCCCGAGGCGUCAUGCUCUCUCCCUACGAUAGAGCUCCUCAGCUGCGACUUGCAGACUCGAACUUGACUGUCUCGGGCUGCAAGGGAUACCGUCUGAUCCGUGCGACCCAUGGAAUCCGGGAGGGCGCUUGGUACUGUGAGGCGACAGUGCGGGAGGAUCUCCAUCCGCCAUGGAUCGAGGAGAGGUUCAUGCAGGUAGAGGGUCACUGUAGGCUUGGAUGGGCGAGGAGCGGAGCGUUCGUACAGGCUCCUGUGGGAUACGAUCGUUUCGGCUACGCGUACUGCUCCAAGAAAGGCUCCGUCGUUCAUGCCCGAUUGCCGGCGGCGUACGGGAGAAGUUUGACCAAGGGAGACGUGCUGGGUUGUUACAUUUAUUUGCCGAUGAGAAAGAAGCCUGACGAAGAAGGGGAGCUGGAGAGGAAGGAGGAGAAGCAGAAUGAUGAGAAAAUGGAGAUGAAGAACAGCGUCGAUGGGCAUGGGAAAGAGCAGGAGCAGGAGCAGGAGCAGGAGCAGAAAGGUAGCAGCAUCAGCCGGGGCAAGGAAUCAUUGAGCAAUGCAAAAGGGAAGGAGAAGCUGAGCAAAGAAAAGCUCCCGACGGCGACAGACACGCUGAUCUGGAAGGAUACAGGGAUUGAGUACCACCUGGAGGAAGAUACUGAUGUUGGAGUCGAGAUUCAUGUUGGAAGCUGCGUUCGCUUCUACCUCAACGGGGAGGACCUGGGGGUCGCGUUCAGAGAUGUGCAGGCGGGCAAAUACUAUCCUGCAGCCUCGGUGUACAUGGGUGGACAAGUGACGUACAACUUUGGUCCUGAGUUUCGCUACAAGAUCGAUGGAGAGCCCGACGGCGUUGCAGUGAAGGCAAUCAGUGAGCUUGCAGAGACUGAAAGCGACAGGGACAAGCAAGAAGAGGGGAAGGGUAAGAGACGCGAAGUGAAAGCAGAUUUGCCUAUGUAG